AUGUCAACAGAGUCCUUUCCUUUCGUGUUAUCCACCGCUUUCUCGAGCACUUUAUCUGGCGGAAAUCCUGCCGCGACUCUGUUCAUCGGAGAUGCCAAACCGUCCGACGAGACGUUGGGAGUUAUUGCUCUCAACUUCACGCAACCGAUGAUCACGUACAUAUCGUCGCCACUACCCUCAACCGACAAUAACACAGCGGUCUUUGAUGUGCGCUGGUUUACGCCUGUAGGAAAAGAAGUACCUUUGUGCGGACAUGGAACCAUUGCUGCUGCGGGAGCUAUCUGGAGCUCACCUGGGAUGGUCUCUGACGAUGUCGACACGCUGGAAUUCCACGCAGUGUCGGGGGCGAUGUUGAAGGUGCAUAAAGGUGAUGGGAGAUGGUAUGAGAUUCGUUUGCCUGCGGGUAGCGUCGAACCGGUUUCCGAAGCAGAGUGGGCACAUGUAGCUGGGUUAGUAAGUCAGGCGAUGGGGAAAGAAGUUCAUGUCAAAUUCAUCGGAAAAGGAGGGAAAGGAUUCGAGCACAUGGUUCUCAUCGAACUCGAACCUGAAGAUGAUCUAGAGGGGUGUGUCGUUGACAACUCUGCGUUGCGUACCACCGGAUUCUAUAUCAACAUCAUUACGACGGCGGGCCCAAAGAAUGAGGCGUCCGGCGCUCGCUUCGUUUCACGGAUGUUCGCACCCCUACGGAUACUAGGCGGUGAAGACCACGUAUGCGGAUCCGCCCAUGGCGUCCUCACGCCGUACUGGUCUCGAAAGCUCGGUAUUGCGAGCAGCGGCGAAAUAAAGGCGAGACAAGUCAGUCCGCGCGGUGGCGACUUGAAAGUCUCAUGGCAUCAAGACGAAGAAACCGUGGGUCUGAAGGGGGAGCUGAGGUUGCUUGGGCGAGGGGAAUUGUUUGUCUGA